AUGUUUCACAUAGGCGAAAGUCAUAAAUGUGAUGCAUGCAGGAAAUCUAAUGAACUCCAUGAUAAAAGGCACAGAUAUAUUGCCAAGUAUAUCCAGGAACUUCAUGAACUUGACCAGGAAAAUGAUUUAUUUCACCAAAAUCUUGGAGCAUCAGGCUCAUCAAAAAUAGGAAUCUCAGACAAAAGCACCCCAUUUCCUAAAUCUGGAACAAAAACUCCAGCUGUCAAGGUAUCAUCUGACUUUAGAGCUCCGUCGAAAAGCAGUGCCUCCAGGCGAGGCUCAUCUGUGAAACAUUUAAGGAAGCUUAUAGUCGAUCACCGAUCCAAGUCCGUGCAUAAAAACGCACGGGCUAUACUGCCAAAGGCUGUCCGCUGGAUGGAUAAUCCGGUCUUUGGGACAGCCGAGGAAAACAAGUAUGCUCGGACACACAAACCCCGAGCCAAUAGUCAGAAGCUCACUCCGGCGGCUGAAAUGAGAAAGGAUAUGAUCCACCAAUUAAUGAAAAGUCCACGCUUGUCUAAUCACCUCAACACGCAAACAUCGAAGUCAUGGAAGCAGACGCCCGCGAAGCUUCGGCGGGAAGAGAAAAAGACUAUGAAAUACCUCAGGUUGACUAGCAAAGCUCUCAGGCGGCAAAGUAUGACUUGUACUUCCACGAUUACUACUAAUGAACUAGUCGAAAAGGUGAGCCACGCAAUACACGGACCAACCAAGGCGCUCUCUUCAAUGAGUCCGGAGGCAAUCUCACAAGUCUCCGUUGAACACAUAACCCGACACGAAGAACUUCAGAAGAAGGUAGCACAUAUAAAGUCCAGCCAUAACUUGAAGUUUGAAGACAAGGAUGGUUUGCUAGUCGCAGCCAGUUUGAAGAUCCCAUGCAUUCGAGACAUCUUGGACAAACUAAGUGUCAAGCCCCUAUCCCCCAAAGACUCCAGGCAGCGAAGAACGCUGAUGUGCAGCUUAAUCGAGGCAAUUCUCGGAGACUUUGAAUUUCUCGCUAACGAGGCCAGAGAAACCCUUAAACGUGCCGCAGGAUACUGGCGGUUCGCCAACAAAAGAACAUACCUUGCCAUGACACAAAACAACAAGACAAUUAACUGGGAAACUGGAGAGAAAAUAAACGAAGACGCAUUUGACUCUUCGGAGCAAGAGUAA